AUGGCAAUUGUAGCAAGUGUCUAUACAACAAUUUUGCUUGGAAUUAGCCUCUUUAUUGCUAUUCUGACCUACAUCACCUACCGACUGCUUAGUAAACACCUGCACAAAUGGUUUGAAAUGAAGCCUAUUCCAGAGCUUGGAGGAACAUUCCCCAUCAUUGGAAAUGCACUGCAAUUCAAAGCCAAUUCUGGAGAUUUCUUUUGUCAAAUUGUUGGUUACACAAAUGAAUUCCGGGAUAAACCCCUGCUGAAAAUGUGGAUUGGACCAGUCCCAUUUGUGAUUCUGUUCCAUGCUGAAACUAUUGAGACUGUUCUGAACAAUCCAGUUCAUAUGGACAAAUCCUAUGCAUACACGUUCCUCCAACCUUGGCUUGGAACUGGUCUGCUAACAAGCACUGGGCAUAAGUGGCGUCAGCGGAGGAAGAUGCUGACUCCCACCUUUCACUUCUCGAUCCUGACGGAUUUCCUGGAGGUGAUGAAUGAGCAGGCAGAGGUCCUGGUGGAGAAGCUGGAGAAGGAAGCAGGGAAAGGCCCCUUCAACUGUUUCAAUCACAUCACCCUGUGUGCCCUGGACAUCAUCUGUGAAACGGCCAUGGGAAAGAAAAUUUAUGCCCAAAGUAAUUAUGAUUCAGAGUAUGUUCGGAGUGUGUACAAAAUGAGUGACAUUAUCACUCGCAGACAGAGGAUGCCCUGGUUUUGGCCUGACUUUAUGUACUACUGCUUUGGUGAGGGCUGGGAGCACAACAAGAGGCUCAAAAUCCUCCAUUCCUUCACAUCCAAUGUGAUAUAUGAAAGAGCAGAUUACAUUUCCUACAUUGAAUCAGACAGCGAAUCUGACCAGGGCAUGUGGAAGAGACGAGCUUUCCUGGACAUGCUCUUAAAGACGACAGAUGAGGACGGCAACAAGCUGAGCCACCAGGACAUCCAGGAGGAAGUGGACACCUUCAUGUUUAGAGGUCACGACACCACAGCAGCCGCUAUAAACUGGACCAUACAUCUGCUGGGCUCCCACCCUGAGGUUCAGAGGAAAGUUCAACAAGAGCUUCAGGAGAUUUUUGGUACGUCUGAGCGGCCCAUUAACACUGAGGACCUGAAGAAGCUCAAAUACCUGGAGUGUGUAAUCAAAGAAUCCCUGCGACUGUUUCCCUCUGUGCCUUUCUUUGCCCGGAGAAUCUGUGAAGACUGCCACAUCAGUGGGUUCAAGGUGCCCAGAGGUGCCAAUGCCAUCAUAAUACCCUACGCUCUGCACCGUGAUGCACGCUACUUCCCGAACCCCGAGGAGUUCCAGCCAGACCGCUUUCUGCCCGAGAAUUCAGCGGGGAGGCAUCCGUAUGCUUACAUUCCCUUCUCUGCUGGACUCCGCAACUGUAUUGGUCAGCGCUUUGCAAUAAUGGAGGAAAAAGUGAUUUUGGCCUCCAUUCUGCGCUACUUUGACAUUGAAGCUUGUCAGAAACGUGAAGACCUGCGGCCACACGGGGAGCUCAUCCUGCGACCAGAGAAGGGCAUCUGGAUCAAACUGGAACGGAGAAAGACCCAGGCUGCAUCACACUAGUGCCUGCACUCUCUCUGUUGUUCUAAAGCCUCUCACUAUUGUCAAAUUAAAAGAGCAGUGUGCAGGAUUUUAAAUGAGUCAAAGAGAGAAAUGGGAUAUAAUAUUCAUAAACAUGCUUUUCAGUAGUGUAUAAAAAGCAGAAAUGA